AUGAGUAAACCAUACCAGCUACAAGAUCGAAUAAGUGAGUUAGAAACAGAAAAUGCUGGAUUACAAAGAAAAAUAACCGAAUUGGACAAUGAGAAACGAAAUCAGCUACUGGCAGAAUUACGCGACCGAAUAGAAUAUUUAUCAACAGAAAAUGAUAAAUCGCAAAGCAAAAUAAAUAAAAUAGACGAACGAUCAUGGAUUAUAAGAAAAUUAAGAGGAAGGAAAAGAAAACAGCUUGUAUCUAAGAUUAAUAGAAAUGAUCAGGAAAUCAAGUACCUCCGGGCAGCCGUCCAAGGAAUUGAAGAUUUCCGGAGAACAAAUGAUUCAAGUUUUGUAGAAAGUGUUGUUAAACUUAUUCCACCUGUUGUGCAAAUAAUAUCGCUUUUUUUAGCUCGACGCUAG